AUGGCGUCCCCACGACCGAAGAAUGACAUCUACCAUGACCAACCCCAGACGCCCGAUGCUGCUUCCAGCACGGAACACUCGUAUGCCGACUCGGAUACAGAGCUACCUGUCGAGAUCACCCAGGAGACACCCCAGGAUGGCCCAAGUCGAGCACAAGCAGAAGCACGCCUUCGCUUCAAGGUCGACCUCCGUCUAUGCAGUAUAGCGGGGAUACUAUGCUCGCUGAAUCUGCUAGACAGUGGGAUCAUCUCUUCAGGAGCAGUCACGAGCAUGCUGUCAGAUCUCAAACUCACAGGAGAUCGGUAUUCUGUAUCCAUAUUCAUCUUCACCGUGGCAUCAGUGUGCUGCCAGCUUCCGGCGACCCUUCUGCUUCGAUUCGUUGGGCCGCGGAUGUUCUUCUCAGCAACCACUUGUGUGUUCGGGAUCAUCACCAUGUGCACAGCAGCGAUUACGAGCUGGCAACAGAUGAUAGCAUUGAGAGUCCUUCUGGGCAUUUCCAUGUCCGGGAUCUACCCCGGGCUCACCUAUCUCAUUUCAACGUGGUACACGCGGCAUGAACAACAACUCCGGUUCGCACUGCUGCAGUCCGGCGAGAUUAUCGUCCUCGCCACCGGUUCUAUUGUCAACUUUGGCCUCAACCACCUCGAUCACCGCCACGGUCUCCGUGGCUGGCAGUGGAUGUACCUUGUCCAAGGCGCCGUGACCGUCUUCCUCGGCCUGAUCACCUAUUUCUGGAUGGUCGACUUCCCUGACCGCGCUGAACACUCAUUCCACUUCCUCAACUCGGACGAAAAGGCUCUCGCGCUGUCCCGCAUCAACGAUGAUCGCCAGGACGGCGCGAAACCCGAACCAUUCCGCCUGUCCGCAAUAUUGAUCCACUUCCUCGACCCGAAACUCUACGCCUUCUGCAUCCUCUUCUUCCUGCUCAACCUGGUGUCGACCGCCCUGUCGUACUUUCUCCCCAUCAUCCUACAAUCCGGUAUGGGUUUCUCCUCUAACAAAGCAAUCCUGCUCUCAUCCCCUCCCUACUACUACUCCGUCAUUCCUGUGUUGUUGUCGUCAUAUAUCGGCGAUAAAUACUGCGUUCGCGCUCCCAUCAUCUCCUUCAACGCCAUGUGCUUGAUCGUCGGAUUCUGCAUGCUCGGUUUCCCCACUCAAGUCACGGUGCGAUAUAUCGGCACGUUUCUCGCCACCGGGGCAUACAUCUCCAAUUGGGCUGCCCUCAGCGCUUACCAGGCAAAUAACAUCGUCGGACAGUGGAAGCGCGCGACCGUCGCCGCCGCCAUUUCCGCCUGUAACGGACUCGGUGGCAUUGCGGGGAGUUACAUCGUCCGGCAGAGGGAGGCACCGCGGUAUCUGACAGCUAUCUGGGUCAGUAUUGGGAGCCAUUUGUUGAUGAUAGUGGUGGUGUGUGCGUGUACGGUAUGGUUCUGGUACGCCAACCGGAGAGCAAGAGCCAAGGGGCGGUUGAUUGAGGGUGUUGCAGACUUUCAGUAUACCUACUAG